AUGAGGCGCGCUGGCAGGAGCAUGGUUGAAAGGACCAGCAAGUUCUUGCUGAUCGUGGCCGGCUCGGUGUGCUUCAUGCUCAUCCUGUACCAGUACGUGGGGCCGGGGCUGAGCCUGGGGGCGCCCAGCGGCCGCGCCCCGGCUGAGGAGCUGGACCUCUUCCCCACGCCGGACCCGCACUAUGUCAAGAAGUACUACUUCCCCGUGCGGGCGCUGGAGCGGGCGCUCGCCUUCGACAUGAAGGGCGAGGACGUGAUCGUCUUCCUGCACAUCCAGAAGACGGGCGGCACCACCUUCGGCCGCCACCUGGUGCAGAACGUGCGGCUCGAGGUGCCCUGCGACUGCCGGCCCGGGCAGAAGAAGUGCACCUGCUACCGGCCCAACCGCCGGGAGACCUGGCUCUUCUCGCGCUUCUCCACCGGCUGGAGCUGCGGGCUGCACGCCGACUGGACCGAGCUCACCAGCUGCGUGCCCGGCGUGCUGGACAAGAGGGAGAGCGCCGCGCUCAAAGCCCCCAGAAAAUUUUACUACAUCACGCUGCUGAGAGACCCUGUGUCCCGUUACCUCAGUGAAUGGAGGCAUGUCCAACGAGGAGCUACCUGGAAAACUUCCUUGCAUAUGUGUGAUGGUCGGACACCAACCCCUGAAGAGCUGCCAUCAUGCUAUGAAGGCACAGACUGGUCAGGAUGCACGCUGCAGGAGUUCAUGGAUUGCCCGUAUAACUUGGCAAACAACCGCCAAGUGAGGAUGUUGGCUGACUUGAGCUUGGUGGGCUGCUACAACAUGUCUUUUAUCCCUGAGAACAAGCGAGCACAGAUCCUGCUAGAGAGCGCAAAGAAGAACCUUAGAGACAUGGCCUUUUUUGGCUUGACAGAGUUCCAGAGGAAGACUCAAUACCUGUUUGAGAGAACUUUUAAUCUGAAAUUCAUCAGGCCCUUCAUGCAGUACAACAGUACAAGGGCAGGCGGAGUGGAGGUGGAUAACAACACCAUACGGAGGAUUGAGGAGCUCAAUGACUUGGACAUGCAGCUCUAUGACUAUGCAAAGGACCUUUUCCAACAGCGCUACCAGUACAAGCGGCAGCUGGAGAGGAUGGAGCAAAGGAUAAAGAAUCGGGAAGAGAGGCUUCUUCACCGGUCCAACGAGGCACUUCCCAAGGAAGAGACAGAAGAGCAAGGACGCUUGCCCACUGAGGACUACAUGAGCCAUAUUAUAGAGAAAUGGUAGCCUAGGCAGACUUUUAUACUGAAUGGGAUUCUAGGGUUUCCUGUUAAAAGAUCAUGGAAGUAAAAAUACAAAAUCACCCCCAACAAAUCUUUUAUUUAAAAGCAAGUCUGUAAAACAGAAGGUAUCAUUCUUCUUUAAACAAUGGGUCUUUUUACUGUUUCUUACAAGACCAAUGAGAUUCUUAAAAAAAUAAAUAAAUACCUAAAAAAUAAAAAAGGGUCAACAUUAAAACUCAGAUUUAAAAAUGCACAAAUUCAGCCACCCACUUUUGAGGCCAAAUACAAUGUAAUGUUUCUUAUCCUCCCAAAUUCAGAAACAGAUGGCAGAGGUAGGAUCUUUUAUUAAUCUGUUUUUCCCCUGAGUAUAAAGACAGAUAUACAAACACACACAUGUAUAUAGAUAAUUUUUUUAAUCAAGGUUUCCCUUUGUUUCCCUUCUUUUUUGUGGGGGAGGGUAAUGGGGGGGUUAUUUUUGUUUUGCUAAAGUAAGGAUAGUAGUGGCAAGGUUGAU